AUGGAAUCAUAUUCACCAUCAAUUCAAAAAUUAUGUGUGUUUUUAAAAUCACAAUCAGAUAUUUCAAAUAAUGGCAUUUCAUUUUUAAAUAAUUUUCUUACCGAUACAGGAAAUGCAAUUAUCGUUGAAUCAAUCCAUUCAUCAAAAUCACACAAACAUAAAACCAUUUUAAUUGAAGAUAUUGAAUCUGGUCUCAAUGUUGUAUUUCCAUCAGAAAUUGCAGAUGCCAUCAUCAAUCAAUCAAAAGGACGUAUCCAACAUACAUCAAUGAAAAAUUUAAUGCAAGUUAAAACAUUUGGUACCAACCAAAAUUUAUCAUCAUCAAUGGAUUCAACAUCGCUCUUAUCUUCCAACACUAGCAAUAAUACAGGUGAAGAUCUUGAUUUGGAUGACUCUGAUGUCGAAGGGUUUGAAAUUAUCCCAAAUAACAAUAGUAUUUAUGCCCAUGAUGUUUCUCCUUGUUUCCCAAUUGAACUUGUUUUUAAAGUUACUGCAGAUUAUAUCAGCAGAAAGAAAUUAAUUCACACCAACCCAUCCGAUUUUUAUUCAGUUUUGGAACAACAGGAUAGCAAUCAUGUCAUCUAUACUUUUAUUUCCUAUGCUUUAGAGAAUAUCACCACUAAAAUACUCAAUAGAAUUUCAUCACUCGAUAUAGAUGAAGAUGUAAUUAGAUCUUCAAUUCAAGAGAACCCAACUUUAAAUUCAAUACGUCAUAAGGUUAUUCAAGCUUCAAAUAUUGCAAAUAAAUUAUUGGCUUCUUCAGACGUCAAAAAUUCUGAUUUACCAACUUCACUUUCAAAUUCAUUUAUAUACAACCAAUCAUUAUCUUCAAAUAGUUUAUCUAACAGUUUCGAUAAUGAUUUAAUAAAUGAUUCAGACAGCGAUGGCGAUAUUGAAAGAUUUAAAAAUAAUAGUAUAAUAAUUAAUGAUUAUGACGAUGAUAAUAAAAAUAAUCAAGAUAGCAAACUUGAACAAAAAGUAGAAGAAAAGCCAACAUCAGUAGCAGCGGAAGAAACAAAUAAAAAAGAAGAAAUUGACACUAAUAUUAAUAUUAAUAAUAAUAAUACCGAUAAAAAUAACGAUAUUAAUAAAAAUCUCGAUAGUUCAGAAAUCACCAAACAAAUUAAAAAAGUUGUAGAGGAUAUAUCAAAAUCUAUUGUAAAUAAAAAUAAUGUACAAAAUAUCAAUAAUAUAAAUAAUAAAAAUUCCGAUGAUAACAAUAAUAGUUUAAAAUUAAAAGAAGAAAAUAUUAAAUUACUUAAUAAUAUUAAAACAAUUUUAAAUAAUAGUUCAAACACCAAUAAGGUAUAUGAAGAUUUGGCCAACUCAACACAAAUUAUAAAAAGAACUAGAAAAGUUCCAAAUCUAUUUAGAUUUGAUGAGCCAAUUGAUUUGGUUCAGGCUUUUGUUGAUGGUAUUCAUUUAGAAAUUACAAAUGGAAUGUUUUUGGUUCUAUUGGUUUUGGUUGGAUUUGCUCUCCAAAAUUUUGUAAAGGCUAAUUAA